AGAUGAAACUCAUAACAACAUAAGUGAACGCAACAUGCGGAUGAGAGGCAAUUAAGAAUUCUUGCACUGAAGUGGCCAAGCUCACAAGUCCCAAAAACGUCUGUCUAUUCAGCCUACUGGCUUAUGCUCCAAAAGGAGCGUAACAUUUCCCCAGCGUGAUUCUGUUAGUAUGAAUGUGAGAGUUGCAGUGGUGAAAAUCAUGAAAGCUUCGUCACUUCUGUCUCUCGGCCUCAUCGUCAUGACAACCGGUGUGAUGUGCCAGAGAAUGAAUAGAAACCAGCUUCAGGACAUUAUGAGCGGCAAUAUUGGCACUGACAACACCAUGGAGGACGUAUUAACACCAUCCACCCCUCGUCCGGAGGAUGUGAACUGCUAUGUCGAAAUUCCUACCACAGAGACUUUUGGAGGUCGCUGCAUUCGGUUAGGCAGGAACGGAAGAUACUUUUAUGGAUGCCGGGCAGGUUUGCACCUGAGAAUAAGCACCGCUUGCGAAGUCCUGGCCAGACAGCCGCGCUGGAACACUCGCAGGCAAAGGCGCAGAAAAUCCGGGCGCUAAUGGCUAUACCAUUAUCGUUUCGUUCAAACCCGACAGGGUGCACCGACUAUUCGACUGUACAGAAGUAGAAAGGAUCGACAGAGGGACGUGAAAGCCAACGGACACCAAUAUACCUGGAACUCAAUAACCUUUGUGAAGUUGAAUGAAUUUACGAAAAGAUCGUGGAAACACCACUGAGGUUUGCUCACAGUUGAAUUGCAACUGCUGAGCGUUUCUCGGUUUUAUUGUAUUGAUGUAUACAAGGAUGUCAAAAAUGCUAUACAUGUAGUUCAACCCUUAAACAUUGUUAAUAGUUAGACUCUAUGUAAUAGUUAGGAUCACUUUUCAAAUAUAUAUCUCAUCGUUACCUAUAAGUAAGAUCAAGCACAUAGUCUUCUUGGAUACUUUACUUUUACCUUUUUGUCAUAUCUGUUGUCGUUAAGCGUUGAGGGGAGAUGCAGUUUUCUAUUGCAAAGCAAUAAUUCUGCUAUGAUGCCAUCUGUUCCUGGGGGCUUUGAUCUUUGGAUUGGUUUUGAAAGUGUAUUUUCAAUUUCUUUGAACAGUAUGAGCGGUUCUGUUUGCUCUGCAUAUACUGGUUUGAAGUCUUCUGGUUUGAAUUCUUCUUGUUGUUCAUGUCAAACGUCCGGGUUAAUAAGUUCUGGUUGGCGGGGAAUGGGACGAGGUAAUUUUUCGUGGAGGAUUGUACAGCCGUUUCUAUAUUUUUUGUUGAAAAACACACCCACUUUAGUUUAUGAGACGGCAUUUCUUUGUUUACGUAGCAGCAGAGCAGAAGUGCAUCAUUUUUAAGUGCACUUUUUCUUAAUAAUGGUUUUGACGAUACCAACGAUGUCUUACGUUGUAUUUGCAUUAUUUUAAUAAAGCUGCUUGCAAAAAGACGCUAAAUAUC